AUGCCAUCCGAUAAUCAUCGUGCGGGAAGAAAAUCAUUCUGGGCUCUGAAUACACGCGUAAAGCUGAGGAAAGAGAAUCUCUCGAUUGAGGGGAAGACUGAAUUCGCCGUUCCCUGCCGUGGCGGCACAGGCAUCGAUACCGACACCCCAAGGACCCCGACCCUUCCUCCACUGCACGCCACUCGAUACGAGUACCUUGCGAAGUCGAAAGGACGAGAGACGGAACUGGGGAGGUGUGUGCACGCACAGUCUACGGGCAGCAAGCACGCCACUGUGAAAAAUCCUACCUGCGCCCUCCAUCCACGCCACGCCACGCCACCCAAUGCGAUUCAGAUGAAAAACAGCGUGUGCGAAGAUGAAGAGCGUGCAGCCGUUCCGUCCCGUGGCGGUCCAGAUACUAUUAUCUUCACACUGACCCCCCAGCCCUUCCUCCACGCCACGCUAUUCUGCCAGUGA